UGGCGCGGGAGGCGGGGAGGCGCGGCGGGGACGGCGGGCACCGGGACAGCGGCGGCAUGCGGCUCCUCGCGCUGCCCAUCGCGGGCUGAGACGCCGCAGUCCGGGCGGGAAGCGCGGCGGCCGCGAGCGGAGGCGCAGCGAGCGGGACAGACCGUGGACAGCGCUCGGGGCCGCGCCAUGGGCCGCGCUAGGGGCGGGGGCCCGGGCCGGGGGCCGCCGCCGCUGCUGCUCCUGGCGGCCGCGCUGGUGCUGGUCGCCGGGGCCGCGCCGGCGCGCGAGGCGGGCAGCGCCGUGGAGGUGGACGAGCCCGCACAGACCCCCGCGGCGUGGGAGCCGCGUGCCAACGACACGCGGGAGAAGGCGGGCCCGCCCGGGGCCGGGGAGGAGGCCUGGACGGUGGACGGGCCCCCGGGGGGCCCCGGGGUCGGGCCGGAGGACGCGCUGGAGGCAUCGGCCGCCGUGACGGGCACCGCCUGGCUGGAGGCCGACAGCCCGGGCCUGGGCGCGGCGACGGCAGAGGCGGGCAGCGGGGACACGCAGGCUCUGCCCGCCACGCCCCCGGCGCCGGGCGGGGCCCCUGGGCCGUCCUCCCUGCCGCCCGCCCUUCCUGAAGCCACAGCGGCCGGUGGACCCCCCUCCCCCGCCCCCGGCCCCCCGCCGAGCCCAGGCCCCCAGCGCCCCGACGGGAGCCCCGCGGAGCUGUGGCUGAACCUGGGGGGCGGCACCCCUGAGCCUCCGGGGCCGGAGCCCACGUACCCGCUCCAGGGCGCCCCGGAGCGCCACCCGGGGUCCGAGGUCAUUGACAUCGACUACUUCCAAGGACUGGAUGGCGAAGGCCGCGGCGCCGACCUGGGGAGCUUCCCCGAGCCGCCAGGGCCCUCGGAGCGCCACCCCGACGACGGGGGCGAGACCCCCUCCUGGAGCCUGCUGGACCUGUACGACGACUUCACCCCCUUCGACGAGUCCGACUUCUACCCCACCACGUCCUUCUAUGACGACCUGGAGGAGGAGGAGGAGGGGGAGGAGGGCAAGGAUGCAGGUGCAGACCUGGACGACGAGGACGGCCUGGUGCCCAGCAGGAAGCCUGGCCUGGGGCCCGGCACCGGCCAGCCCCCCAGCUGGUGGCACGCCGUGCCCCCUCAGCACACCCUGGGCACGGCCCCUGGCGGCAGCAUCGCACUCAGGCCGCGCCCGGGAGAGCCGGGCCGGGACCUGGCCCCCGGCGAGAACGGCACCGCGUGCCGCAGCGGCUUCGUGCGGCACAACAGCUCCUGCCGGUCCGUGUGCGACCUCCUCCCCAGUUACUGCCACAACGGCGGCCAGUGCUACCUGGUGGAGAGCCUCGGGGCCUUCUGCAGGUGCAACACCCAGGACUACAUCUGGCACAAGGGGGCGCGCUGCGAGUCCGUCAUCACCGACUUCCAGGUGCUGUGCGUGGCCGUGGGCUCCGCCGCCCUCGUGCUGCUCCUGCUCUUCAUGAUGACCGUGUUCUUCGCCAAGAAGCUCUACCUGCUCCGGACCGAGAACACCAAGCUGCGCCGGACCCACAAAUUCCGGACCCCGUCUGAACUCCACAACGACAACUUCUCCCUUUCCACCAUUGCCGAGGGCUCGCACCCAAACGACGACCCCAGCGCCCCCCACAAAAUCCAGGAGGUCCUCAAGUCCUGCCUGAAAGAGGAGGAGCCCUUCAUCGUCCAGAACUCCCUGUCGCCCAAGCUCGAGGGCGGCCGCGGCGACCCCGCGGAGCUGGAGGCCAACUGUCUUCAGAACAACUUGACCUGACGGAGCGGAGCGGAGCGAGGGGAGAG